AUGAAGCUCAAGGUAGGAAACCUUAUAGUCUGUCGCAUCCUAGUUGACACAGGGAGCUCUUCAGACAUUAUCAGUUUGUCGUGCUUACAAAAUCUUAAGUUCAAUGAAAAUAACUUAGAACAAGUUUCUCACCCACUAGUUGGAUUCGGUGGGGGUGUGAUAAAUCCAAUCUGGCGGAUUGAUCUUUUGGUUCGUAUUGGAGACAAGAAGAAGUGUAAGAGCCUAGUUGUCCAGUUCCUAUUUUUAAAGGAUCUGACGGCCUAUAACAACGUUAUAGGUCGUCCAACACUGAAUGCCAUCAAGGCGGUCAUUGUCCCGGCCUUGAUGUUGAUAAAGUUUGUUUGCGAAGAUGGGUCAGUUGACACUCUUUAUGGGGACCAACAGACGGCAAGGGACUGCUACUUAACGGUCGUUAAACCCACUUCCACUCCACCUGAAUUAAUCAAUGUUGAUAAGCCAGAGAUGUCCGAGGCCGACCAGAAGACAAAGGUCGUAACUGGAAAUAGGCCGAUGAAACAGAUAAAGUAG